CCCAUCUCACCCUUGCUCUUCACGGCUGCCUUCCGCAGUUCAUCAAUAGGUUGGUCAGCAGGAGACUCGAAUAGAAAAUGCUCUUCCACUCCUGCACAUACUUGCUAGUAUCGCCUUGUCAGAAAGUCAAAGGUUGACGUACCAAGGCUCCGGCGAUGGCGAGGAGAAUACUUGUGACUGGCGCUACAGGCAACCAAGGAGGCUCUGUGGCAAAGCUACUGCUGCAGUAUCCCGAUCAAUAUGCGGUUCGCGCCCUUACGCGGAACCCAAGCUCAGCAGGAGCAAGACAGCUCUCUGAGGCGGGCGCAGAAGUGGUCAAGGGAGACCUGACAGAUCCAUCAACGUUACCUGCCGCGUUCGAUGGCUGCUGGGGUGCCUUUGUAGUCACCAAUUUCUACGAUUCUGACAUCAAGGACGAUCCAGCUAGCGAAGAAGAACAAGGUAAGAAUGCGGCCAGGGCAGCUCUGAGCGCAGGGGUCCAAUGUUUUGUGUGGAGUACUCUUCCGAGCUCCUUGGAGAUAUCCAAGGGAGAGGUUUGCUGCGAGAUAUACGAAGGCAAACAUCGUGUGGAUGGAUUCAUCAAGAACAUUGGGCUUCCAGCGACCUUUGUGUACACUGGCAACUUCUAUGAAAACAUGAUACUACGAGGUCAUGUCAGGAAAAGCGAAGACGGCGCACGUCUCGAGUUCCGACAACCUAUCAUCCAGGCAAACACGAAACUGCACAUGCUCUGGGUCCAACGCGACCUUUCGACCAUCGUCAAAGCAAUCUUUGGCAAUUGGGAUGCACGCAAACAGGAACUGCUGCAUCAGUACGUUUAUGCCAUGGAUGCCAUUCACACUCCAAAAGAGGUCUGCCAGACCAUCGAGAGAGUCACUGGUCUUCCGACAAAGUAUGUCAUUUUGCCAAACACAGGCAACGAGUCUCGCGAUAUUAUGUUCAAUCUGUACAAUAAGACAGGCACUUAUCCUGGUGUACAAUUACCCGACAAGAAAGUGUUGGAACUAGGUGUUGAACUGCAUGGACUCGAACAAUUCGUCCGAGAGGACCUUGUGCCACAUUUGAGGGCAUCGGGUGAUCUGAAAGAAUAGCCAGUGAUCACGGCAUGCACCGGGUUCCUGAUCUCAAUCUCGAUUACAUCUCAUACACAAUUCAUCGUCCUCGCAAUCAUCGAGUCUUUGCUUGGCGCAAAGAAUACGUGAAGAUGGAGUGAUUUCGAUGUCUCUCGUUUGUUGGGCCCGAAGGCUCAUCCACGCCCGGCGGAGGUUUAAUUAACCCCUACAGGAUAUUGAAGGACAUAGGAGGCAUUGGAGUCACAGACAUUGAAGUCGCAGACAUCUGAGCCUGUUGGUGAGUGAAGUCUGACCCUGAGGUACAGUGAAUCACAAAAUGCAGAGCCUGCC